CUCAGUCCACCUAGUAUAGAAGCCGAAAGAAAGCCGUCAGAGAAGACUUUAGACUUUGAGCUUCAUGGAGCUUAUGCUGACCAUGUUUUUUACAGAUGAUCUGAUGAAUAGUAUUCUGGCAUUAAUUGGCACACUAACUUGUCUGUAUUACUUUAUUAAGUAUGGCUGGGAGCUCCUAGUUGGUAUCAGGAUUUACAUUUUGGCAAAAUUUUGGAGGACAAACCUGACAUUCUAUGGGGAAUGGGCUGUUGUGACAGGUGCAACUGCUGGGAUUGGAAAAGCUUACGCUCAUGAGUUGGCAAGAAGAGGACUCAAUGUGAUGCUGAUCAGUCGGUCGUUGGAGAAGCUGAGAGCCACAGCAGAUGAAAUUGAACAGCAGUAUGGCAAGAGGACCAAGAUUCUUCAGGCUGAUUUUAAUCAUGGUGCUGAGAUCUAUGGGCCAAUUGAAGCAGCGCUGAAGGAUCUGAACAUUGGAAUCCUGGUGAACAAUGUUGGUAAAACCUACCAAAUCCUUCCGUGUUACUUCCUAGAUGCCCCAGAUGUCGAAAAGGAAAUUCUUGAUAUAAUGAAUUGCAAUGUACUCUCUGUACUGAUGAUGACAAGAAUUGUCCUGCCUCACCUACUGAAAAGGAAAAAGGGCAUCAUCAUCAACAUUUCUUCAGAAGCUGGGACUCACCCACAUCCACUUAUCACCAUGUAUUCAGCUACUAAGGCCUUUGUUGAUUUCUUUUCUCAAGCACUGAAUGCAGAGUACAAGCCAAAUGGGAUUAUUGUACAGUCUGUGUUGCCUCUCAUGGUCUCCACCAACUUGACACAUGAUGUAGAAACCAAUAUUUUUGUGAAGCAAGCUGAUGACUAUGCCCGGGAAGCUCUGAAUACUGUUGGGCUGAGAGAGAAGACAAAUGGCUGCUGGUCCCAUGCCCUGCAGCAUUUCUUCUUCGAAAGGCUGUUUCCAGGAUGGCUCCGACUGACCCAGUUCAGCAUAAAUAAUAUGAAGAAACUUAUCGAAAGGAGAAAGCCUUUAGUAGAGAAGUGGAAGAGUAAACAAAAAAUAGCAUAGCUGCAGUAUGAUUUGAAGGGACUUGAGUGGUGGGGGACGAGUAUACAAUUUUAUUCUUUUCCAAUAUCGUCAUUGUGUGGUUCUCUUAUCUCUGGUGUUUACGAUUUAGUUCAGUGACAUCUUUAACAUUAUCCAUCUAACUCCUCGGAAUUUCAGACGAAUGUUUAAAAGCACGAAAUUAGUUAAAUUGUUUCAGAUAAGCAGAAGACUAUUCUUAUAUUUAAUUAAAUUGUAAGUUUCUAAACAUACAAGUGCAGUAAACAGUCAGAAAAAUUGCAGGCUGUGCAAGGUUACCUAGAACAAUGCCUUACAAGAGGACUGUAAAAAUAAUCAAAUGUCGCAAUUGGCUUGUUAUCUAAUGUGAAAUUGUGUGUUCUGCAUCCUGUUGUAGAAGUUGAUAGAUGUGUGUUGAACUACUUUCUGGCAUCUAAUGUAAUAGUCAUGCUUUCAUAACUUGCAGUUAUGUUCUGAUUGUCUACCUAGUUCAAAUGAUCUGAUGGAUGAAUCAACCUUAAUUCAAAGUGAUUCAAAGUAGCUCAAAAACAAUACUUUCCAAAAUUAAAGUCUCAGUUCUGAUGUUAUUAUGACAGGAGGGCCAUUUCAUUAAUAAAUGAUGAAGUUUCUACAAA